AUGCCCACAGAUGACACGCACACUCAAUGUCACUUUACUAAACUGUACACAGUAGAAAUACCUCCUAGAGACAAAUGGACUAACGACCAAAUGUUCGUCGAAGAGAGAAGCCUUAUUUGGUAUACGGAUGGUUCCAAGAAAGGCAAUGAUGUAGGAUGUGGGAUCUAUGGUGAGAGACCUAAGUUCAGAGCUAGCGUCAGCAUGGGCACACAGGCCUCAAUCUUCCAGGCAGAAGUCUUCGCCAUCAACAAAUGUGCGGAGAUCAACCUGGAUAGAAACCUAAGACACCAGCAUAUCUACAUCAACUCAGACAGCCAGGCUACUCUGCUGGCACUAGAAUCUCUUGAGUCAAACUCAAAACUAGUCCAGAACUGGCACUCCGACAUUAACGGAAACAAAGAAGCGGAUGAACUUGCUAGAAAGGGCGCAGACACACCCCUGGUCGGCCCAGAACCGUUUUGUGGAACCACAAAACGGGAUGCAUAUUCUCUGCUCAACAACAUAGAAAAAACGAGAGCAAUCGAUUGGUGGAAGUUCGUAAAAGGACAAGAACACUCGAAAGCUCUAAUCAAAGGGUUCAACAGCAAAACUGCUAAGGAGCUUCUAGGGCUCAAAAGACACAAAACUUGUGCGGUGACUAGAAUUUUGACUGGACACUGCAAGUUGAACAAACACAUGUUUCAAAUAGGGAAAAAACAAGAUGCGACAUGCAGGUUCUGCCAAGAGUCAGAGGAGACUGCUAUGCACAUUCUCUGCUCCUGCGGACCACUAAUGUCCAAAAGAAGUACCUACCUAGGGCGACAUAUACUGGAACCCUAUGAGGUACAGAGCAUUACGGCCCAAAGAAUCUGGAAUUUCCUGGAUUCAACGGGCAUUAGUAAUGAACUUUAA